AUGCCCGCUCAAAAGAGGAGGCCCCACAUCGACAUCGACUUUACGCUCCGAAGAAUCUUCGGAAAGAAAAGCUUCAGGCCCCUUCAGAGGGAAGUCAUCACCGCCGCUCUCGAAGGCCACGAUGUCUUCCUCCAGGCAGCAACCUCCUUCGGAAAGAGUCUCUGCUUUCAGCUGCCGGCUAUAGUGGACUGCGGCCUCACGCUCGUUAUUUCCCCUCUUCUUGCUUUAAUGAACAAUCAAGUGGCUGUCAUGCGCGCCGCCAAUGUCAGAGUUGCCACGAUCAACACUGCCACGCCUUAUUCUCAAAGACAGGCAAUCAGAGAGGACAUGAGUUGCGGGCACCCACACACGCGACUGUUGUAUGUCACACCGGAGUAUUGCUCCCUGGACUACUUCCGGAACUUACUGCGAGUCGUCCAUACGCACCGUGAGCUAGCCCGCAUCGUCAUUGACGAGGCGCACUGCAUCAGCGAAUGGGGCCACGACUUCCGUCCCAGCUUCAAGCAAUUGUGCUUCUUCAAGACUGAGUUCCCAGACGUGCCAAUCAUGUGCCUAACAGCUACGGCCACGGCCCACGUCCGCGCCGAAAUCAUCAGUAGUCUGGGACUGGACUCGGAAAAGCUGCGUCUAUUCACUACGUCUACCAGUCGUCCGAACCUGCACUACGAAGUGCGCUUCAAGUCCCGUGAAGCAGACCAUUACGACGACUUCCUCUCAUGGCUUCGCGCCGUCCACGCUCGCCGCCAAUCCGACCCUGAGCGUGUCAGUGCCUUGCAAGCCGCCGGUAAGCGGCCCGACUCCAUCUCCGGCAUCAUCUACGUGCGCAAACGCGACGACUGCGAAUCGCUAGCCAUACGGUUGCAGCAGUCAGGUAUCGGCGCUAAGCCGUACCACGCGCAGCUGAGCAAUGCCGAAAAAGACGCCACGCUAGCGGGAUGGGUGGCCAACGCCGAGGGCUACGAAGUGGUAGUGGCAACAACAGCGUUCGGCAUGGGCAUCGACAAGGAGGACGUCCGUUUCGUCGUGCACUGGCAAAUCCCCAAGAGCUUCGAGGGCUUCUACCAGGAAGCGGGCCGCGCGGGCCGCGAUGGCAAAGCCAGCGUCUGCAUCAUGUAUUACGGGCGCGAAGACCGGGACCGUGACAUUCGGAUGUUGAACGAAGAGGCUGCGAAGAUCAACAUGGGGGUAAUGCGCGGGAGCGUCGAGGCGCUGAAGACGCGGGCUAAGAGCUUAGAGAAGCUGGUCGAGUACUGCGAGGCUACGGAGAAGUGCCGCCAUGUGCUCAUUGCAAAGUAUUUUGGCGAUGCCGAUGCGGCUAAGAUGCCCUGUGCGUGGGCUUGUGAUUGGCACAAGGAUCCUGUGGGGUUGAGGCGGAGGAAGGACAGGGGGCUGGACAGUGAAGAGUGGUGCGCGACGCAGAGAGAAGGAUGGGAUGAGGAUGGAUGGGAUUGAAGACGUGUGGAUGGACGGGAGGAUUGUGGCGUAAGAGUACAUAGUGGCGCCAGACUAGGCAUGCCUGCAUGUGAGCCCUGAUUUCCUGUCUGACAGCCACAUGGCCCAGCUGCGGGGUAACUGCCGUUUAAAAUAUUUAGGCUCAGAGCCACGCGGCCUGCCGGAACAUACUCGAGUAGUGAGAAUUAGUG